AUGGAGUUUGUGCGGGUGCUGUGGCUUGGGCUGCUGCUGGCUUGGGAGCCUGCGCCCAUCCGCGGACACCCACAGCCGUGCGGCGUUCUGGCGCGCCUGGGGGGCUCGGUGCGCCUGGGCGCCCUGCUGCCCCGCGCGCCCACCGCCCGCGCCCGUGUCCGCGGCGCCCUGACCCGGGCCGCUCAGGCCACUAAGCUACCGUUCAACCUGAGCUUGGAGCUGGUGGUCACCACGGCCCCUGCGCGCGACCCCGCCUCACUGGCCCGCGGCCUCUGCCAGCUCCUCGCGGCGCCGCCGGGUGUGGUGGCCCUGCUGGCCUUUCCCGAAGCGCGACCCGAGCUGCUGCAGCUGCAUUUCCUGGCCGCCGCCACCGAGACCCCCGUGCUGAGCGUGCUGCGGCGGGAGGCGCGCGCGCCCCUCGGCGCCCCGGUACGCGCGGGCGGGAUGCGGGGGAGCAGGACCCAGCCACCCCCAUCCCCCGGGGGAGGGGAGGAGGACUCGGGCACCGGACGCGCGGGGGAGGGAACCCCGGGACGCAGGGACCUGGAGCAGUCCUGGACCCCAUUUCACCUGCAGCUUGACUGGGCCUGCCCCCUGGACACGCUGCUGGAGGUGCUGGUGUCGGUGCUGCGGGCGCACGCCUGGGAGGAUGUGGUCCUGGUGUUGUGCCGUGUCCGGGACCCUGGUGGCCUGGUGGCCCUCUGGACAAGCCAGGCUGGCCGGGCCCCUCAGUUCGUGCUGGACCUGGGCCGGCUGGGUCCCGAGGCUGCAGACAUUCAGGCUCGCCUGGCCCCCCUAGGGGCGCCCGUCCCCGUAGCCGUCCUCCUUGGCUGUGAUGCCCCGCAUGCCCUCCGGGUGCUGGAGGCUGCUCCCCUGGGCCCACACUGGCUGCUGGGUACUCCACUAGCCGCUGAGGCCCUGCCCACGACCGGCCUGCCACCUGGGCUGCUGGCACUAGGCGAGGUGGCCCAGCCCCCACUGGAGGCCGCCGUGCAUGAUGCCGUGGAAUUGAUAGCACGUGCACUGGGCACCGCAGCCAGGGUACAGCCUGAUCGUGCCUUGCUCCCCGCACGGGCAAGCUGCGAGGACCCACAGGCACCCAGGCCAGACUCUUCCAGGCGUCUCCUGGCACGGGUCCUGGCCAACACGACCUUCCGGGGCCGCACGGGCCCCGUGUGGGUGACCCCCAGCUCCCAAGUGCACCUGUCUCGGCAAUUCAAGGUAUGGAGCUUGCGUCACGACCCGAUGGGAGCCCCUGCCUGGACAACGGUGGGCAGCUGGCAGGAUGGGCGGCUGCAGCUGGAGCCUGGCGCAGUUACUGCCACGGCCGCAGCCAGGAGGCCCCCACCCCCGCUGGGAGCACAGGCCCAGCCCAAGCUGCGGGUAGUGACACUGGUGGAGCACCCGUUUGUGUUCGCACGUGAGCCAGAUGAGGACGGGCAGUGCCCUGCCGGACAGCUGUGCCUGGAUCCUGGCACCAGUGACUCGGCUGCCCUGGACGCGCUGUUUGCAGCCCUAGCCAACGGCUCGGCACCGCGCACACUGCACAAGUGCUGUUACGGCUACUGCAUCGACCUGCUGGAACGGCUUGCAGAGGACGCACCCUUUGCCUUCGAGCUCUACAUUGUGGGCGAUGGCAAGUAUGGCGCCCUGCGCGACGGCCGCUGGACCGGCCUGGUGGGCGACCUGCUGGCCGGAAGGGCCCACAUGGCCGUCACCAGCUUCAGCAUCAACUCUGCCCGCUCCCAGGUGGUGGAUUUCACCAGCCCCUUCUUCUCCACCAGCCUGGGCAUCCUGGUGCGGGCGCGGGACACGGCCUCGCCCAUCGGCGCCUUCAUGUGGCCGCUGCACUGGUCCAUGUGGGUGGGCGUGUUCGCCGCCCUGCACCUCACCGCUCUGUUCCUCACCCUGUAUGAAUGGCGCAGCCCCUACGGCCUCACGCCCCGCGGCCGCAACCGUGACACCGUCUUUUCCUACUCGUCGGCCCUCAACCUGUGCUAUGCCAUCCUCUUCGGCCGCACCGUGUCCAGCAAGACGCCAAAAUGCCCCACCGGCCGCUUCGUCAUGAACCUCUGGGCCAUCUUCUGUCUGCUGGUGCUGUCAAGCUACACGGCCAACUUGGCCGCCGUCAUGGUCGGGGACAAGACCUUCGAGGAGCUGUCGGGGAUCCAUGACCCCAAGCUGCACCACCCAUCCCAGGGCUUCCGCUUCGGCACGGUGUGGGAGAGCAGCGCCGAGACCUACAUCAAAAAGAGCUUCCCCGAGAUGCACGCGCACAUGCGGCGUCACAGCGCGCCCACCACCCCGCACGGCGUCGCCAUGCUCACGAGCGAUCCCCCGCAGCUCAACGCCUUCAUCAUGGAUAAGUCGCUGUUGGACUACGAGGUGUCCAUUGACGCUGACUGCAAGCUGCUGACCGUGGGGAAGCCCUUUGCCAUCGAGGGCUACGGCAUUGGGCUGCCCCGGGACUCUCCACUCACCUCCAACCUGUCCGAAUUCAUCAGCCGCUACAAGUCCUCAGGAUUCUUCGACCUGCUGCACGACAAAUGGUACAAGAUGGUGCCAUGUGGGAAGCGCGUCUUCGCAGUGACCGAGGUGGGCUGGGCGCUGUGCCCCCCUGGGUUCUCUCUGGCACCCUCGCUCUCCCCGCUGCUGACCCUACAGAUGGGCAUCUCGCACUUUUCGGGGCUCUUCGUGCUGCUGUGCCUGGGCCUGGGCAGUGCCCUGCUCAGCUCGCUGGGCGAACACGUCUUCUUCCACCUUGUGCUGCCCCGCAUCCGCAGGAGCCCACGGCUGCAAUACUGGCUGCACACCAGCCAGAAAAUCCACCGAGCACUCAACGCAGAGCCGCGGGAGGGACCCGAGGAGCGGCUGGAGCCCGUGCCCAGCGACCCCACGGAGCCGCAGCACGAGACGCCCGCCGAGUCCGAGGGCACAGGCCGCUGGAAACGGGUGCGCCGGGCGGUGGGCAAGGAGCGACGUGUGCGCUUCCUCCUGGACGCAGCCCCGGAGCCCGAGGCGCAGGGCCUGACUUGGCCGUGCUCCAACGGCCGUCUGCCCACCGCGAUGCCCACCGGCGCCCCGCGGCCCGGCGAGCUGCAGGAGCUGGAGCGGCACAUCGAGGGCGUGCGGGAGCGGCUGCGCCAGGCCCUGGUGCGGCGCGGGGACCUGCUGGCCCAGCUCAAGGAGGGCGCCGGCCACCGGCCCCUGCGCCUACUGCAAGCAAGAGAGCCCCCCGCGCCCGCCCCGUGA